AUGCAAGCCAUAUGGGAUCUUAUUUCACAGUCCGAGCCAACUUGGAAGUGCCCUGAAGAUGCCAAACAGUAUACAACGCAUCUUGACAAGCUGCGUCUCAUCCAAUUUUUGAUGGCUCUUCAUCCAGAUGUUGAAACAGUUAGAGCAUCUCUUUUACAUCGGAGUCCUCUACCUACUCUUGAGAAUGCUAUUUCAGAACUCAUCUCUGAAGAAACACGGCUUGGCAUGCUAAAAUCUCGCCGAACAGACAUGGUCCUAGCUACUCCAUCAUCUACUAAAUUCUGCAAGAACAGCUCCAGUUCCGCUCAUACUUUAGCACGUUGUCCUACAGUUGAGUGUAGGUACUAUCACAAAAGGGGUCAUAUCUUACCUUACUGUCCAACGCGCCCACUCAAACCGGAUGAAGGAAAGGGAAAACUUAAUCCUAAGAAGGAGAGUUCUCAAUCAUCUUCUGCUAUCCCUGCUUCUGCCACCGAGUGUUCUAGCUCUACUACGACCACUCCCUCUCCGACCCUUACUCUCAGUGACCUCGAAAGCAUUCUCACCCAGCUUCGAGGUAAAUCUAGCACUACACCUGUGAUGUCGGUUCUUCUAGGAUCUGCAGACGGGACAAGUUAUUGGGACCGGACGUAA